AUGGCGUGUAUAGGGUCGGGUAGACUCUGUGCUCGUGUGGAGAAACUGUGCCUUCUUGGUCAAGUCACACAAAUACGUCGGAAAACCAAUUAUGCUAGGCUCAAGCAGUUCACAACUCAACCCUCCGCAAGGACCUUUGUACAAAGUUGCCAGUAUGGUUCGAUGCGGACGCAGGCGCCCGGCCCUCAACCGCAAGUUGCGAUGGAUCCCUACCUCCUGCUCGCGAACGACCUGAAGGACAUUUACACAGAUAUUCGACGGGAACUGGAGCUGAACACGUCGCAGCCCGAGCUGAGCCGGAUCGCCACCUACUACUUCGACGGCCAGGGCAAAGCGCUGCGGCCGAUGGUCGCCGUGCUGAUGUCGCGCGCCGUCAACUGCCACCAGCUGCCUGGAAAGAGUUUGCUUUUACCGAGCCAACGAGAGGUUGCGAUGAUUUCUGAAAUGAUCCACACCGCGUCUCUCCUCCACGACGACGUCAUCGACCAAGCGGACUUCCGGCGAGGCAAGCCUUCGGUGAAUGCGCUGUGGAGUCAGAAGAAGGUGGCAAUGGCUGGUGACUUCAUUCUGGCAGUAGCUUCCAUGAUGAUUGCACGACUUCAUAAUGAUAGUGUAACAAAAAUACUCUCUCAGGUUCUUCAAGAUUUGGUCCAAGGUGAAUUCAUGCAGCUUGGAUCUAAAGAAACUGAGAAUGAGCGCUUUGCCCAUUAUCUUACCAAGACUUAUCGGAAAACUGCCUCUUUGAUAGCCAAUUCAGUGAAAGCGACUGCGGUGUUGGCAGGAGCCGAUGAACCAUUAUCAGAAUUAUGCUUCCAAUACGGACGUAAUGUAGGCCUUGCAUUCCAAUUGGUUGAUGACCUUUUGGAUUUUGUGUCUUCAACUGCUGCUAUGGGUAAACCAGCUGCAGCUGAUCUUCGUCUUGGACUUGCAACAGCACCUGUUCUUUUUGCUUGUGAAAAGUACCCAGAGCUUAAUCCUAUGAUCAUGAGACGCUUCCAAGAGCCUGGAGAUGUGGAGCAUGCAUUUGAACUUGUACAUCGAUCAAGAGGCUUGGAGCAAACACAAUUCUUGGCUCGUCAACAUGUUGCUGAGGCUUCCCGCCUGGCAUCUUCAUUAGCAGAAUCUCCAUAUCAGAAAGCUUUGCAGGUUGUCGGUGACUUCGUUAUCAACCGUAUGAAGUAGCACAUUUAAUUCAUAUUGGGUACUUGCUGUGACCCACAAGAUUCAACUCUCAACAUUCAGGAAUCCAGUGUUCACAAGCUUGUGGAGACAUUGCUAAUUCAGCAGUGACCACUAGCUUGGAAUUUUGUGCUGUAAUACAAAUGCAAAUUUUGUUACUGAUUAGCAAAUCAAAUGGCUGGAUGGCCAUUAUUUGCUUAAUAUUGUGACAUGUUAAGUGUCUUUCAAAGCACUCGAUCCAUUUUUUUUAAAGUUAGCAUUUUGUCAGUUUAUUCACACAACAGUCUGAGGGUCUAUGAGGAGGAAAUUUGAAUUCAUUGUACAUGAAAUAGUAAUCCUCCCCAGACUGUUAUAACAAAUACAUCCCUACCUGCCCUGAAAUGGGAAUAUUAAGGGCCCCAAGUCAGAACUGUUGCUAAUGUUUUUGUGGGCUGGAUAUUAUGUUCAAAUGUUGGAAAAGAUUCCUUCAUUCUUUGUGUGACUUAAAGUUUUCCAGAUGAAGAUUGUUGCUGUUACACAUCCUUAUUCCUCAUGAAGUUAUGAACUCUCUGACUCCUUUUCUACAACGUGGAAUUGUAAAUACAUGUACUUUCUAAGAAAGAAGAUUAUUUGGGGACCCUUAAGGGUGAGGGUUGGUGUAAAUUUUAUAGCCUCAUCCCUUUCCUGCCAUUCACUUUUGAACAAUGUAUGGAGAUAGAGAAUGUUUGGAAGUGUAUAUUGUGAGGCAAUGGCAGUGUAAUUUUACGAGAUUUGAAAGAUGAUAUUUGAGGAAUGUAGAUUGAAGAUAUGAGUGUUAUUAUAUUUUCCUGCUGUGCCUGACCUGUAUAAAUGCCAGCAGUUUCAUAUUUGGGAGCAGGCUCAAAGAAAAUGUGUAUACAUUAUAUUAGCUCAAUCCUGUUUACCAGGACGUUUAUAUUUGUACUGACGACUACUAACUGACUUCAGAGUAUUUAAAAUGCAUUAUAUUGAUUUUAAUUAAUAUAAUUAUGUACUCAUGUUAUUUUAAUUCAAAGAAAUGUACUCGUAUUGUUGCAGAUCAUUUGUUUAAUUCAGUAAUAAUUAUAUAUAUAUAUGUGUAUAUAAAAAGGUAACACACAGAAUUUGUUUUGGCUUCAAUAUUUGAUCAGUGCAUUUGAAAACAAGUCACUUUUAUAAUCAAAUUUAGUUUGUAAUGAAGACACCCACUUCUUUAAGUAUUUUUCAUACUUAAUAUUUCAUCAUUUUUAAUUAUAUUUGUUGAAAAUAUAUUUCAUUGUUGACUGAUUGUAAUACAUUUAUGAUUGAAGAUUUUAUUUUAUUGUACAAUAACUACAGAAAUAUCAUAUACUUUUAUUAGACAUUAAACUGUGCAUACUGUUUUCUGGAACUAAAUUUUCAAUUUUUUUUUCUCUUCUUUUUCUCUUGUGUUUUUGGUGCAUUUCCCUACAUGAUCCUCCUCUUCCCAUAAAAAUUAAUUCUCCAAACCUAUGUUUCAAUCAUGUUAUUAAGGGAUAUUGUUUUACGUAGCAGUCUGCACAGCACACCUUGAUGCAAAUUUUUUAUAACAUCAAUUAUAUAAUAGUGAAACUGAUAUGUAAUUUGUUUUGGCACAGACAAAGGUUGUUUGAGAAUUAGAAGCAUAUACCAUUAUACAGUAUAUAUUGUAACUUAUUUUAUCGUGUAGAAGAGUAAUGAGAAAUAUUUGUACAAAGAUUGUAUGUAUAUGUACCAUGUUUAGACUUGUAUGUAGAUAUAUUCUUGUUGAUGUUCGUGCUGUUCAGCAAAUGAGAAAUGUUUAACUUGAGCUUAUUUUGGUGAAAUCAUUACAGCUCUCUGUUACACUUGCUCUUUCGUUAAAAGGGGCAUUACUUACUUCGUAAUAAAAAGGUGUAUAUAUUUAUUUAUAAAUAUGUAAUAUACAAACCUUGAACAAUGGGGAGGUAUCUCCAGGUUGAGGCAGGUACACCAUUUAAGUAUGGGGGAACUUAAUACUUAUAAAAAUUAUAUUUUCAUUUUGUAAUAAAAUAUUUUACUGAGCGUUUAC